AAUCAACAUUUUUUGCAUAAAUUUUGCAUAAAACCACCCCAAAAAAAAUUACAAGACAAAAAAGUCCCAACUGAAGGCAGAGCGUAGUCAGAGAGCCAAGAUAACUCGAAGCUUGCUUCUCCAUCAAUGGCGUCGAGGAAUUCCUCCUUUUAUGGCAAACCCAGUUCCAUUUUUCCAGCCACGUCGACGGACGACAGCCCAAUUGGCUCGGAUGGGCUAUUCGAUUUCGACGAGGCGGAUAUCUGGAACUCAUCAUCCAGCCCAGUUGCAGAGUCCAAGAAGAGCUCAGUUCCCAGCCGCAGAGAGCCGAAGAAAACGGGGAGGAAGGUGAUGGUGAUGAGCAUGGGCGUGGCGGAGAUGGGUGGCGCCGCCAAGGUGGUGACGUCAUCCUCGUUGCCGGUGAACAUUCCGGACUGCUCCAAGAUUCUCAAGGAGGGGUACAAAGAGCAUAGGAAGCUGGAAAGUGGUGAAGGCGGCGGUGGGGAUUUCUACGGUGCCGACGACGACAACGACGGCGGGUAUGGGAGGGUCCCACCUCACGAGUACUUGGCGAGGAUGAGAGGGGCUUCGUUUUCUGUUCACGAAGGGAUUGGGAGGACUCUGAAAGGCAGAGAUUUGAGGCGGGUGAGAAACGCAAUUUGGGAAAAAGUUGGGUUCGAAGAUUAGCAAAAAAUUAAGAGUUUAAGACAAAAACAAAGACUUAAUUUACUGGAAAUUUUGGGUAGGCCAGAGAAAAAAAAAAAAUUAAGUCAAUGACUAAUCUCUAAUUUAAAUUAUAUUAUCUAUGAUCUCGGUUAAACUAGUUGGAUCAUAAAUGUUUGUGGUUUUGUUUGGUGGGUUUUUAACUUUUAAUCUUUAUUUUUGUGGGUUUGAUUUUGUUUUGGGUGCCUGAAUUUUACUAGAGGACCUGAUCAUGAAUGUAAAACUGACAGCUUUUGAGUUACUUGUAUUCGUAUGUUCUA